UUCUGUCCUUGAAGACUGUUGCGCUUGUUUCAGAUUCAGAAAACAUGAAAGACUUUUAUUUUGAAAAAUAAAAGUGUUACUAGUUUUUAAUCGUAUACAUAUUUGAAAAGUUAUUUCCUCACAAACAUUACAUUUAGUGAAAAACCAUGAAAAAAGGAACAAAAACAUAGAAUGUUUUGAAUUAUUAUAAAUUUGUCAUUUUUUUCGACUUUGUCUUUGAAUGGUUUCCAGUUUUCUUUGUAUAAUAUUCCAACCUUACAAUAAUAGUAUAAAUUAUUACUAUUUUUAGUUUUGAACAACUGAACAUACAUUUUUUGUCAGACCGGGUGUUCUUUUAAAUAUCUGAUUUUUUAACGUGAAGCAUGCAUUUGCAGCAGGUGAACGGUACCCAGAAUGCAAAGGCAUGUUAGCUGCAGCUUUGCGGCCAGACUGGAGGCUCAAAACAACAACAACAGGCUACUUUGUAGGGGCAGCAGCUGCAUGGAUAGCCCGGAACCCCGAGCAUAUAAGCAUCUUUUCCUCAAAUCGAAAUACACCCUAGCUUUAUAAUGUAAGUGUCGCUAAAGUAUGGGUUUUUUCAUCGGCUAAAGCAAAUUAAAUCUAGUGUUUUGGGGGGAAACUGUUCAAAGCUUGCUAGCUAGCACGCUAGCUCCCUGCGUCUCUAUGUUCGAGUGUCUUCCGGCAGCAGUGGCGGCAGCAGCGGUGCCAUGAACAGUGGACUUCCACCCUCAGCUGCUCCGCUUGGGGGUGCCGGACUACCUAAUGUUAAGGUGAAGUUUUGCCGCUACUACGCGAAGGACAAAACGUGCUUUUAUGGAGACGAAUGUCAGUUCCUACACGACGAUCCGUCCUUGGCAAACCUGCCUCUUCACGGCGGCGGAGGUAGCCCGGUUCCCUUAUCAAUGGCCGGCAGCGGAGGGACGCCAGCGGUGUACUCCAUUGGCGGCACGGCUACAGUCAGCGGAGGGACCGUGGUGUCAAAGAAGAGCGAAACGGUGGGGCCUGCGGGAACGUCCCUGGAAGGGCAGCUGCUAACCAUCCCAGGGAUGGAAGGUGCCACCCUGAGUGAUGCCAACCUUAACAACUCCUACUUCAGCAGCAGCUUUAUUGGGGUCAAUGGGUUUGGAAGCCCAGCAGAGUCAAAAUACUCAAUGAUGCAGCGGAUGACUACCAGCAGCAGCUCUCCAAGCCUUCUCAAUGAUGGUGCCAAGAACUUCAGCCACAGCACUCAUGAUCCAGUGAACUCUUCAACAUCCUCACUGUUCAGUGAUUUUGGUGCUCUUAGCAUUUCCCAAAGGAGAAAGGCUCCUAACCCGGCAGCAAGUGAAUUCAUCCCCAAGGGAACCCCUCGAAUGGCUACAAUGGUCCAGUCCGCUGUUCUGGCCUUCCCCUCGCCUCUCUUCGCACAUCCUGGUCUCGGCAGCUCCUCCGCUUUGGGUCCUGGCAUGUCUUUGUCUGCAGGAUCCUCUCCGCUCCAUUCACCAAAAAUUACACCUCACACCUCACCUGCUCCUCGUCGACGCAGUCACACCCCAAACCCUGCCAACUACAUGGUGCCCACCACAGCCUCUGAUCAGGGUGCACACAUCAUUCAGAAAGAGACUGUAGGGGGGACUACAUACUUCUACACAGACAACACCCCCGCACCGAUGACUGGAAUGGUGUUUCCUACCUACCACAUAUAUCCCUCCAAUCCACCCAACGUGGCCUACAUGCAGCCAAAAGCCAACGCCCCGUCCUUCUUCAUGGCCGAUGAGCUUCGACAGGAGUUGAUUAACAGACAUCUCAUAACCAUGGUGCACAUUGACCACUCAGAAAACCCAGAUGUACCGUCUGAGGUGGACAGCUACCACAGCCUGUUUCCUCUGGAGCCCCUCCCUCCACCAAACCGCAUGCAAAAGACCAGCAAUUUCAGCUACAUUACCUCCUGCUACAAAGCGGUCAACAGCAAGGAUGACAUGCCUUAUUGUCUGAGGAGAAUACAUGGAUUCCGCCUGGUUAACACCAAAUGCAUGAUGCUGGUGGACAUGUGGAAGAAGAUUCAGCACUCAAACACUGUAACGCUGAGAGAAGUCUUCACCACUAAGGCCUUUGGAGACCAUUCGCUGGUCUUCUCCUACGACUUCCAUGCAGGUGCAGAAACAAUGUUUAGCAGACAUUUCAACGACCCAUCAGCAGAUUCUUACUUUACCAAGAGGAAGUGGGGGCAACACGAGCCACCCCAACCACGGCAGCAUGCAGGUCUGCUACCCGAGUCUCUCAUCUGGGCCUACAUUGUCCAGCUCAGCUCAGCGCUGCGCACCAUCCACACUGCUGGCUUGGCCUGUCGGGUCAUGGACCCCAGCAAAAUUCUGAUCACUGGCAAGACGAGGUUACGGGUGAACUGCGUUGGGGUUUUUGAUGUUUUGACGUUUGACAACACUCAGAGCAAUCAUCUCGCCCUGAUGCCACAGUACCAGCAAGCAGAUCUAGUGUCCUUGGGCAAGGUGGUCCUGGCUUUGGCCUGUAACUCUCUGGCUGGAAUUCAAAGGGAGAAUCUGCAGAAGGCGAUGGAGCUGGUGUCUUUAAACUACUCCUCAGAUCUCAAGAAUCUCAUCCUGUACCUUCUGUCUGAGCAGUCCCGCCUGCGAAGUGUCAAUGACAUCAUGCCCAUGAUUGGAGCUCGCUUUUACACCCAGCUGGAUGCUUCACAGAUGAGGAAUGAUGUAAUCGAGGAGGACUUGGCCAAAGAGGUGCAGAAUGGCCGUCUCUUCCGCCUGCUUGCCAAAUUGGGCACCAUAAACGAGCGACCAGAGUUUCAGAAGGACCCGACGUGGUCAGAGACGGGGGACCGCUACCUGUUGAAGCUUUUUCGAGAUCACCUGUUUCACCAGGUUACAGAAACGGGGUCGCCCUGGAUUGACCUCAGCCACAUCGUCUCCUGCCUCAAUAAACUGGAUGCAGGCGUUCCCGAGAAGAUCAGCCUGGUCUCGCGAGAUGAGAAAAGCAUCCUGGUUGUGACCUACUCGGACUUGAAGCGCUGCUUUGACAGUACCUUCCAGGAGCUGCAGGCUGCCGCCGCUGGUUCUCUGUAGCGCCCCCUUUGGGCCCAGGAGUGGGACUUCCCAAGCCCUGGAGCAUUGUAUUGCACUACAGCGGAGGACCAGGCUCAUGGACAACAUCAGCACAGGCAUCAGGGCUUCUGAACCUCAGUCACAUACACUGAUCCCUGUCCACCAGAAAGGCUUUUCUAACGUGUUUUUUUUUUUUUAAGUUUUCCUGAAACCUGCAGACAAAUUUGGAGAAAAAAAAGAAAGACAAAAAAAAACAGAAAAAGGACUAAUAUGGAAGCUGUGAUGUACGACCUUUUUUUUAAGCUUUGGGAACAGAACGAGAAACGAAAAUUGAGGUUUUGAAGAUUUUCCUGCUUUUAUUGUUUGUUUCUACAGUUGGGGUAUUUUUUUUUUUCAGGAUGCACUAAGAUUUUAAUUUUUUGUUCAUUUUUCCUUGUGUGAAUGGCCUACAGGGUGCACAGAGAGCUAAAGUCACACACGGACUAAAAACCCGAGCAGACUCGCCGUGUAAAGAAACCACAGAGAGUUGAACGUUUCUAUUGACUGCAUCUCUGCCCGUUUGAGACCACACCCCUUCGUUCGAACGCACUCGGAGAUGGGACACACCACUCAAGGCUGUCAUUAUUAUGGGAUGGAACCUGUUUGACACAAUGGGCCAACCGCCUUUUGCCUUGGUUGUUGGUUCUGCUUAAGAGAGGACAAAUCACUCAGGUGGUUGGAUGAGAAUUUUUCAGGAGAUUUAAGAACUGCUGGCUGGUUUUUCUUGGUUGGAGCAUCUUCUGGGGACCAGGAACUGGGGGAUAAAUUGAGGUUUCUGUGGCACUGAGGAAGAGGGCGUCUUCUGCUGAGUUGUUACAUGCGCAGCAACCACCUUUACUAUUAGAUAGUUGCUGAAUCAAAUGCUCUAGGGUGGGUCAUUUUGGGUUUACUGUCCGGCACCGGGCUUCGGCCUUUUUAGUGAGGCUUCUACAAAAGUGGAGCCACAGCUGCCUCUUUGUGGAAUGUCCCUUUGUCCCACAGCCAUCCUCUCACUUCAACCACGCCCGAUCUCUGUCUCUUACUCUCCUUUCGUACUCAUCUUGUUGUCCCAAACUUUACUUCUCCUCUUUGAGACAACAUUUUAAGGAAAAGUGAUGCUUUUUGAGACUUUUUACCAGCUGCUUUUUCUCUUUUGCUCAGCUUCUGUGCAGAAAUGCACAACAAAAUAAAAGCGAGCAGACCCCCCCCCCCUUUUGAUCUUUAUUCUGUGGACCAAUUCCAGCAGGGUUUUAAGUUAAAGGAAGGGACUUUGGGUGACUGAGGAUGGGGGAACAUCAACUGUAAUUUGUUUUAUUUGACUUUUUAAGAUCAUGAUAUUCAAACAUGCUGUAGACAAAGCACUGGCGCUGGCCUUGACGCUGACUGAAGGCAUGGAUUUCUCUCAGGAUGAUGGACAACUGGAGGGGCCCAAUGAUUGAAUGUGUUUGGCUGUCAUUGGCUGCCGCCUGUCCAGUCAAAUAGAAGAGCUUAGGUGGAGUGGGUGGGACGAAUGGAGGUUUUAGGGGGUUAAUGACAGGUCGAAGGCAUUGCUGGAAUCAUGUUACGAGGGGAUUUCAUGUUGCCUUGAAGCACAGAUCAAUUUUUACAGGUUUAAAUGGGAUCAAAUUUGGAGAACAUUUACUUAACCUGCAGGAAUAGCUAUUGAAAUCAGUCAGACUGCAGAUUGAGUCUUCUCCCUUUUGUCUUAUUAUGAAUGUGUCCACACAAAAGUGUAAAGGGUCACAAUUAGGAGCUACUGUUGAGUUAUGACGGAGCCGUCUGGGUUACAUUUAAACAUUUUCUUCAAAGAUCUGUUAUUGAACGCAACAUAAGUACAGGUAACAUUUGUGUUGGAUGGAGAAACGUCUCUGUUUGAGUCCAAAUCGGCAACCUAAACAUUUUCGGUGGAUGUAGUGCUGUAGGAACCCCCUCCCAAACAAGCCCACACAAAGGCAUGCCCCUCGACGCCGCCGACUCCAUGUCAGUGCUCAUAUCACUGUAGUCCACAUCACUGCACACACUCCACUUUGUUAUUGACCACCUCUCCACAGAAAAACACCUAAAAUCACCAUCUUACUAGAUCCUUUUUCUUUUGCUUUGCCCCACUUAUGUUCUUGUCUCAGAUUUUGCAACAUUUGUGUGUACAGCAGUAUUUUAAUAAAGAAUACAAAAACUGGUA